GAAUUGAUAAAGAAGUCGGCGCAAAUUCCGAUUCAGUGUAUGGAUCAAGCAUCGGGAAUAAUUUUUAUUAAAUCUAGACAUAUCUCGCGUUUUCAAAUCAAGCAUCAUGGAUAAAAAGAAAAGAACCGGUAAUAUAACAGAAGAACAAAGAAGUUUGCUCAUCGAAUUUAUGAAAGUUCAUCCAGAAUUAGUAUCGGGAAAGUUUUCUAAAACUUUUACGUACGAUCAUGCAGCCAAGUUAUGGCAAGAAGUGACCAACAUUUUGAAUGCUUGCAACGGUGCCGAGAAAAAUUGGAAAUCAUGGCGCAAGUGUUGGCAAGAUUAUCGCUCUCGUAGUAAAACGAAGCAAGCAGGGAUAAACGUGGAACGACGUAAAACGGGAGGUGGAGCACAGUGCAGUGCAGUUCUUACACCAGAUGAACGAGAAGUAUUGGAUUUAAUUCCAACAUCAUUAACUAAGGGUCAUGCAGAUAUUUCGGAAUCAUGUAUGGACAUUACUUUGGGCGAAGAG